AUGGCUAAUAACGUCCACAUGAGUGGGCUGCUGAGCCGCCACGAUGAUGAAGCCACAAGGACAUCGACCUCGGAGGGCCUGGAAGAGGGCGAGGUGGAAGGAGAAACCCUCCUGAUCGUGGAGUCUGAAGACCAGGCCUCGGUGGAUUUAUCCCACGACCAGAGCGGAGACUCGCUGAACAGCGACGAGGGCGACGCGUCCUGGAUGGAGGAGAUGUCCUACUACUGCGAAAAAUGCCAGAAGUGGAUUCCAGCAAGUCAAGUGAGAGAACAGCUCAGCUACCUCAAAGGAGACAACUUUUUCAGAUUUACUUGCUCGGAUUGCUCAGAAGAUGGGAAGGAGCAAUUUGAACGGCUGAGAUUAACGUGGCAACAAGUUGUUAUGCUGGCAAUGUACAAUUUGUCUCUGGAAGGAACCGGCCGUCAAGGGUACUUCAGAUGGAAAGAAGACAUUUGUGCUUUCAUUGAGAAACACUGGACUUUCUUGUUAGGAAACAGGAAAAAGACCUCGACAUGGUGGAGCACAGUUGCUGGCUGUCUCUCUGUGGGGAGCCCCUUGUUCUUCCGCUCAGGGGCCCAGGAAUUUGGAGAACCAGGGUGGUGGAAACUGGUUCAUAAUAAACCCCCAACAAUGAAGCCCGAGGGAGAGAAGCUGUCUGCAUCUGCACUAAAGGCAAAAGCAGCUUCAAAGCCACCUCUGGAUCCCAUCAUUACCGUGGAAGGCCUCAGGAAACGAGUGAGCCGCAAUCCAGUCGAAUCAGCCAUGGAGCUGAAGGAGAAGAGAUCUCGCACUCAGGAAGCCAAGGAUAUUCGGCGAGCCCAGAAGGAGGCAGCUGGCUUCCUGGACCGCAGUACUUCCUCCACUCCUGUUAAAUUCACCAGUCGAGGCCGUCGUCCCGAUAUCGUCCUUGAGAAAGGCGAGGUGAUUGACUUUUCCUCCUUGAGCUCUUCAGACCGCACGCCUCUGACAAGCCCUUCUCCUUCCCCAUCUCUGGACUUCUCUGCUCCCGGCACUCCAGCCUCGCAUUCAGCCACUCCUAGCCUUCUCUCAGAAGCGGAUCUCAUCCCAGAUGUCAUGCCGCCACAGGCUCUGUUUCAUGAUGACGAGGAGAUGGAAGGGGAUGGAGUCAUAGACCCGGGAAUAGAGUACGUUCCCCCUCCCAGUGGGACUGCUGGUGCUGGGACUGUGAUAGCAGGCAGAAAAAAAGUGAAGACAGCUGAGCAGAUCAAGCAAGAGGUGGAGAGUGAAGAAGAAAAAACAGAAAGGAUGGAAGGUGACAGUGAGGAUCCUGAAGAGUCAAACGCAUCGCUGCAGGUGCGGGGGCGAGACAAGAGGAAACCACACGUGGAGAAGGAUGCUAAACCCCGAGCUCCCAAGCAUACCUCUGUUAGUAUUUAUGAAGAAAAGCUGCUGCUGAAGAGAUUGGAAGCCUGUCCCAAUGCCAUGAGCAUGACCCCAGAGGCCCGGAGACUGAGGCGCAAGCUGAUAGUGAGGCAGGCCAAGAGGGAAAGAGGGCUGCCACUCUUUGACUUGGACCAGGUUGUGAAUGCUGCGCUGCUCUUGGUUGAUGGGAUUUAUGGAGCCAAAGAAGGAGGUGUUUCCAGGUCCCCGGUAGGGCAAGCGACAUACAGAACUACUAGUCAGGACUUCAGGAUCUUGGACAGAUACCAGACGAUGCUGCCUGCCAUGAAGGGAUAUCGACAGCAGACAACGAAGUUUCUGUAUCGAUUGGUAGGCUCAGAAGACCUCCUGACAGACCACAGCAUUGUCAGCCCUUACACAUCCCGUGUCCUGAAACCUUAUAUCAGGCGUGAUUAUGAGACAAAGCCCCCAAAACUCAGGCUGCUGGCAGAAAUCCGGGCGCAUCCACACAGGAAUAAUCUUCACUGGAAGGCUGAGCCAGAAGCACCUGUUGAUUACUGCUACGUUCGCCCUAAUCACAUCCCCACUAUAAACUCCAUGUGCCACGAAUUCUUCUGGCCUGGAAUUGAUUUGUCAGAAUGCCUACAGUAUCCAGACUUCAGUGUUGUUGUCCUUUACAAAAAAGUUAUUAUUGCCUUUGGCUUUAUGGUGCCAGAUGUGAAAUACAAUGAAGCUUACAUCUCUUUUCUGUUUGUUCACCCUGAGUGGAGGAGAGCUGGAAUUGCAACCUUCAUGAUUUAUCAUCUUAUUCAGACCUGCAUGGGCAAAGACGUAACCCUUCACGUCUCUGCAAGCAACCCUGCUAUGCUGCUCUACCAAAAAUUUGGAUUUAAGACUGAAGAAUACAUUUUGGAUUUCUAUGACAAAUAUUAUCCCUUGGACAGCAAGGAGUGCAAGCAUGCGUUCUUUCUCAGACUGCGGCGCUGAUCUGUCCGAGCUGUUGGGGAGAAUGUGCGAGAAGCCCAGCCUGUUGAGCAUGGCUUUCAGCAGAGGAUGUUGGCUGUCACGUGAGAGCUGGAACACACCUAUGCCUUUUUCCCUAGGACUUCUAACAUCAGCAGUGCUGUAUUGUGUGCUGAAAGUGCAAUCCGAAGGGAUUGAUUCACACUGUCCAAGGGAGAGGCCUGGAAAUGCCAACUGGGACAUGCUGAAGCCACUGGAAGACUGAUAUUCUUAUGGGGAGCUUUUCUGACACUGUUACUUUGGAGAGCCCCACUGAUUUAAAACAAAAAACCCAAACCAACUGUUCAUUUCAGAGGGGCCCCAUGGAUUUCAAAUUUUGAAACCUAUCCAAAGUUGCAGGCUUUUUUGUUUCUGUUUUCGUUUAUGGAAAAUGAACAUCUAAACUUAAAUCAUCCGCAGUGUUUCUGUGAUUUGAUUGCUCUGUUA